AUGGAGGUGAAAUUUGUAAAAGCCUGUCGCUGUGAGAAGAAUCAGGGCUCGACCAGGAAAGAAUACGAUGUUGAGAGAACCAAAAUCUUAGAGAUACCCAGGAAUAUCACAUCACUGACGACUUUCUUCUCUUUAUCGAAAAGAUCUAUUUUACGAAAUAUUGUCAUAGCCAGCACUGUUUAUGUAUGCGCUUGUGUUCGUAAUUCUUUCUUAAGCUGUAACGACCUGAAAGUCGCAGAUUUAGGAACGUCCCCACCUAAAAAAAAAUACCUACGGCCAUAUUUCGUUCUCUCUCUCUCUCUCUCUCUCUCUCUCUCUCUCUUCUCCCUCAUAUUUAUACAAAUACUGACUUUCUUUCUUUCAUUAGGCAGAUGUUUCGAUGGAUCGAUAGUCUUCGAGAGUACCUUCAAAAUAAUCACUCUGCCUCAGACAACCAACCUGUUCAUUCUCCCUUUUCCCCUCUGUUUUUUUUUCUCUCUGUCUAUGAUUUCCCUCUCUAUCUAUAUAUAUCUACCUAUCAAACACUUCCUCAUUACAGCUAAUUUAUUUCCCUCUCCAUAUGCGUUAUCUACAGGUGUUCUCUCUGUCCGUGACAGCCCGCUCAUAUCUAUCUAUCUAUCUAUCUAUCUAUCUAUCUAUCUAUCUAUCUAUCUAUCUAUCUAUCUAUCUAUCUAUCUCAGUCUGAUCCUUAUCUAUCUAUCUAUCUAUCUAUCUAUCUAUCUAUCUAUCUAUCUAUCUAUCUAUCUAUUUUAG